AUGGUCCAUUCUAAGAGUUUCUUCGGCUUCUCUCGCUCUCAUUCUACCCCCAAUCCCCAGAAGCAGAAGUCUUCUUCCUCCUCUUCCUCCUCCAAGUCACCCUCGAAAUCUUCUUCGUCUCCCUCCAAAUCCCACUCUCGCUCCUCCUCCUUCACCUCCGGCUCUGCUUUCUCUGCGCGCCCGCGUAAUUCCCAUCGGCGCUCUCACGACCCCGACUCUCACCCGCUCAAUCUUCCGCCCGACGAGCUUCGUCGCCUAUCAGCCAUGGCCGCCGCCGCCGCUGAUCCCCGCAGCUCGAUGGACAUCGACAGCAAUGAUCCCCGUCUGACCCCAUCCGAAGCCCCCCAGAUCAACGGAGAGCAAACCCACGAGCAGAGUCCGACCCCGCCACCGCAUCGGUCCACUGGUAACACAGACGAGGCCGACUCGUUCAAGUUGGCGGGGAAUAAGUUUUUCAAGGACGGAAACUACAACCGCGCUAUUGAAGAAUUCACCAAGGCAAUCGAAUUAAACCCCAACAACUCCAUCUACCGAUCAAACCGCGCUGCGGCGAACUUGGCAGCCCACAAAUAUUUGGACGCUCUUGAGGAUGCCGAACGAGCGGACGAGCUGGACCCUGGCAACAAUAAGAUUUUGCACAGGUUAAGCCGUACCCUGACUGCGCUGGGUCGCCCGGCCGAGGCCCUGGAGGUGCUUGACCGGAUGCAACCCCCUGCUUCAGCGGCAGACCGACAAAAUGCGGAGAAGAUGCUCCGCUUCCUCAACCAGGCGAAGGAAACUCUAGCCGAGAAUCGCGGUGUGUCGAUGGUGGUGUUCUGCAUUGAUCAGGCUCGGCAACUCCUAGGGCAAGGCGUGAAGGAACCCCGUGCUUGGAAGUUGUUGGCGGCAGAGGCGCAACUGAAGAUGGCCACAGGCAACUCUUUCGGAAAGGCCCAGGACAUUGCCAUCGACAUGCUCCGGGAAAACAACCAGGACCCCGAUGCGCUUCUGAUUCGCGCGCGGGCAUACUACGGCCUUGGCGAGACGGAACAGGCCCUGAAGUCUCUCAAGAUGUGUAUCGGACUAGACCCUGACAUGAAGGCGGCCAUCAAGCUCCUGCGUAUGCUGCAGAAGCUCACUCGCACAAAGGAAGAAGGCAACAGUGCUUUCAAAGCCAAGGACUACAGCAAGGCGAUCGAACUAUACACAGAAGCGCUCAGCGUGGACGAGACAAACAAGGAUAUGAACGCCAAAAUUCUUCAGAACCGUGCUCAGGCGUACAUCAACCUAAAGGAGUACGACGCGGCGGUUAACGACUGCACUGAGGCUCUGCGGCUCGACCCCACAUAUCUCAAAGCGCAGAAGAUGCGCGCCAAGGCCCACGGUGGUGCUGGAAACUGGCAGGAGGCUGUCUCAGACUACAAGGCCGUUGCCGAGGCUAACCCCGGCGAGAAGGGUAUACGGGAGGACAUCCGCCGUGCCGAAUUCGAACUCAAGAAAGCGCAACGGAAAGACUACUACAAGAUUCUUGGUGUUUCUAAAGAUGCGUCGGAGACCGAACUCAAGAAGGCCUACCGCAAGCUGGCCAUCAAGUACCACCCGGAUAAGAACCGUGAGGGCGAAGCCGGUGAUGAGAAAUUCAAGGAGAUUGGAGAGGCCUACGAGACUCUUAUUGAUCCUCAGAAGCGCGCCUCCUACGAUAAUGGUGAUGACCUGAUGGACCCCGCAGACAUGUUCGGCGGCGGCGGUUUCGGAGGCAUGGGUGGCAUGGGUGGCAUGGGAGGAAUGGGCGGUAUGGGAGGCACUCACAUUAACAUCGACCCCAGCGUCCUCUUCAACAUGAUGAAUGGUGGCGGCGGUUUCGCCUCUGCCGGCGGCGGCGGCAACCCGUUCGGCGGCGGACAGGCACGCGGAUUCCCCGGAGGAUUCCCGUUCUAA